ACAACGUUCUGCGGGGGCGCGCGCGUGCACUCUAAUCCCCCGCCUUCCGGCUCCGGCGGCGACGCUCGUUUCUCGCCGCCGUCCCUCGCCGCCGCCGCCGCCGCGCCACCAGUGCCAGCCUCCCUUCGGGGACUCCAUUUGCUUUUAGUGCGGUCUGGGCGCCGCGCACGCGGGCGCAGGGCGAUGCCCGGUGCCGGCGGACUGGCGUUCCCUGCGCCAAGCGGCCGCCCGCUGGCUGGCUGGCUGCGGCAGUGACACCCUGGUCGCCUGCGUCCGGGCGGAAUCCGGGCUCCCUCCGCGGGAGGAAAGACGUCCCGCGCUCUGGAGCUCGCCCAGCGGGGAGAGGCCCUCGCUAACACGGCUUCUCUCUGACCUCUUAAUUUCAGGAGGUUUCGGAGACUCUGAGUGCCUAUACAACCCCCGCAGGAACUACUUCUGUUGGCCCACCGAGGAUCGUCUUUCACCGGGAUUAUUGUAACAUCAUCUUCACGGAGCCUUCCACCCCAUAGCCUCUACCUUGGGUCCUAAUUUCCACCGAUGCAGUUUAUUGAUGCUUUCUUUAGUAAUGUUGCAUCACAUGUCCACUAUCCUCCUUUCCCGCUGCCAAAUGCAGUAGGUUUAAGUCGCUUUUAAAGUAGAGAGUUUUCUGCCUGUUCCACUUUCACCUUAUUUGCACCGCUCACUUCCGUCCGGGUCAUCUCUUGCUUAUGAUUUCCACAAGCACUCACUUGCGCAACCUAUAGCAGAGUCCUUGCCUAGAGAGACAGCAUUCCAUACAAUCCACUGCUUGACAAAGACCACAUAGACAGAGGGUGAGUUUUCCCAUUGUAUUUUCCUGUAUGUCAAGUUUACAAGUCCUCUCUUGACUUAAACUGUUUACUCCCUAGCACAUUUCCUAAAAUACUUCCACCUGAGAUUUAGUGGCAGAUUUAGCAAAGAACAUUACCUGCAAGGAUAGCAAGAAUUGAGUAUGCAGUAGUACUGUUUAGAAACUGUUCAGUUUCUGACCUCCAGUGUGAUUGCAAUUCACAAAAGAACCUAAACCCUAAGUGAAGAGGAAGGAAGAAAAGAGUUCAUUGGAGCUAGGCUUUGUUGUAGAAAGUUUGUAAGUUUUAAAACAGCAAGUAAACAUUCAUGUAGACCUGGUCAGGAAAUUGGUCACUGCAGUAUCCAUCUAGGUCCUAGAAGUGAGAGGAGGAAUCUUUCAACCUCAUUUUGUAGUCGCUUUGUAUUCAAAUCUUAGUUGCUAAUUGUCUUGUUCUAGUUAUCACCUAAAAUAGACACCUAAAAUGUUGGGGAAACGUAAGCGUGUGGUGUUGACAAUUAAGGACAAGCUUGACAUUAUUAAGAAACUUGAGGAAGGCAUCUCUUUCAAAAAACUUUCUGUGGUGUAUGGAAUUGGUGAAUCCACAGUUCGUGAUAUUAAAAAGAACAAAGAAAGGAUUAUAAACUACGCAAACAGUUCAGAUCCUACCAGUGGGGUAUCCAAACGUAAAUCUAUGAAGUCAUCAACAUAUGAGGAACUUGAUAGAGUUAUGAUAGAGUGGUUUAACCAACAGAAAACAGAUGGGAUUCCAGUGUCCGGAACGAUUUGUGCAAAACAAGCCAAGUUCUUUUUUGAUGCUUUGGGCAUGGAAGGUGAUUUUAAUGCAUCAUCAGGCUGGCUAACUCGAUUUAAACAGCGCCAUGGCAUUCCAAAGGCUGCUGGUAAAGGAACAAAACUAAAAGGAGAUGAAACUGCAGCCAGUGAAUUUUGUGGUAAUUUUCAGGAAUUUGUUGAAAGAGAGAACCUACAACCAGAGCAAAUUUAUGGUGCUGAUCAAACUGGAUUGUUCUGGAAAUGUCUACCAUCAAGGACAUUAACUCUUGAAACUGAGCAAAGUACUUCUGGGUGUAGGUCAAGCAGAGAGAGAAUCAUUAUUAUGUGUUGUGCAAAUGCCACAGGUUUACACAAACUUAACCUUUGUGUUGUGGGGAAGGCCAAAAAGCCCCGAGCAUUCAAAGGCACUGAUCUUUCAAACCUUCCUGUGACAUAUUACAGUCAAAAAGGUGCAUGGAUAGAACAAUCUGUUUUCAGACAGUGGUUUGAAAAGUACUUUGUGCCACAGGUGCAGAAGCAUUUGAAAUCCAAGGGACUCUUAGAAAAAGCAGUGCUUCUUUUAGAUUUUCCCCCAGCACAUCCACAUGAAGAAAUGUUGAGCUCAGAUGAUGGCAGAAUUAUUGUGAAGUAUUUGCCACCAAAUGUCACAAGUCUGAUUCAACCAAUGAGCCAGGGAGUUCUAGCCACUGUAAAAAGAUACUACCGAGCAGGACUUCUCCAGAAAUACAUGGAUGAAGGAAUUGACCCAAAAAUAUUUUGGAAGAACUUGACAGUGUUGGAUGCAAUUUAUGAAGUGUCAAGAGCUUGGAACAUGGUAAAAUCAAGUACCAUAACCAAAGCAUGGAAAAAACUUUUCCCUGGCAGUGAAGAGAAUUCAGGUAUGAACAUCGAUGAAGGAGCCAUUUUAGCAGCCAAUUUAGCAACAGUUUUACAGAACACAGAAGAAUGUGAACACGUUGACAUUGAGAAUAUUGAUCAGUGGUUUGACUCUCGGAGCAGUGACUCAAGCUGUCAGGUGAUGAUUGACAGUGAAAGUGCUGAGGACCAGACCAAGGCUGCUGAGCAAAAGCCUUCCAGUAAGAGUAGAAAAACAGAACUGAAUCCAGAGAAGCAUAUUAGCCAUAAAGCUGCACUUGAAUGGACUGAAAAUUUACUAGAUUAUCUUGAACAACAAGACGACAUGCUUCUGUCUGAUAAAUUGGUAUUAAGGAGGCUUCGGACCAUGAUAAGAAAAAAACAGAAGAUCCAAAAUAGCAAAAAUCAUUAAUAAGGCUCAGUGUAUUUGCAUCUUUGUGACUGUAUCUGCAGUGAAACUUUUCUUGUUUGAAGUCCUGUGGAUUCCAAAGCCAAAUACAUUUUAUAAAUGAUUUUAGGAUUAGAUGUCAGUUUGGAUUACUUUAAUACAGCUCUUUAAUGUUGACUCUAAUCAUGGGGCAUUGACAUGUAACUUGUCUUUUUACGGUUUCUAAUAUGUAUUGUACUAAUUAGAUCAUAAGGUACCCAAGGCCAGGGAUCUUGUGUCUGUUGUGCCUGAAUUCAGUGUGUCUAAUAAAGGCCCAUGCACACUAUAGGCACUCAAUAAAACUUACAUUUUUAUGGCUUGCUUUGAAGUUGAACUUCCAAAUUGAAAUAUGUUGGGGGUAAGUUCCCAUUUCACAGCUUUUCCACUGCUGAAAAUCAGAAGAGUUCAGCAAAAAUUGUGCUUGAAGUAUUUCACUGCGACUGCAGACAACAGAGGAAAAUAGUCUAAAGCCUUAAAUACUGCAUUUCUGUACUAGCAGUAUUUGGGCAAUUGGCAAUUCAGAUCAGCCAUCUCUUGAGUAUAGUAAAGGAAGAGAAGUAUGAUUUAAAAGUCCCAGAAAAAGGAUUUGUACUUCAGUUUUUUUUUUCCAUCUGAUAAGAGGGAGAGUUCUUAAAUAGUUGUGGGAAGAAUGCCAUUCCUGUUCCAGGAAAAUAGAUUUCAGUUCCCAAACCAUUGCAAUAAGGAGAAGUAAGAGUUAACAUUUUAUCAUAUGUCUUUUGGGUUCUUUAUAGAUGCCGGUAGUUUUCUCUUUAAUAAGUUUCCGACUUUUAUGUAACACUUGAAAGCUUACAAAGUAUGUAUGUCAUUUGCUUUCAUGUAGCAUUUUUUGUGAAAACAAAUGCUGAGAAUAUAAGCAUACCUCUAAUUUGUGGAACCAGUACACGAACAGUGGACUAACAUUAAGUAAAACACGAGAGAGGCAUUGUAGAGUGCAGCUGCUGUGUGACCAUGGGCAAAUUACUUAAACCCCUAUCUGUUAAUACAACUAAUACCUGUCUCAGAGAGUUCUGUGAGGAGUAAAUGAGUUGGCAUGUGGAUUUUAAAUAAUAGGGGCUUAUAAUAGGGCCUAGCUCAGAAUAACACUGAAUGUUAGCUAUUACUGCCAUUGUGGAAAUCGAGGUUUGGUAGUAGGCAAAACCGAUCCAAUAUAUGACUCAAAGUGGGGCUGCUGCAUUAGGAAACCCUUCCAAGGAAGUGAGAUAAAAGAGAUACAAGUAAUUAGUUUCAGAGGAAAUACAAUAAUGAUUUCUUGCAUUGAAAACUGAAGGGUUACUCUAAUUGAAAAAUCACUUACCACCCCGUUAGGCUUUGUGAUGUAUGCAGGCAUUUAAGACAUCUUAGAUGGAGUUAUAUACGAAAUGGAAAUGGAAUUGUAAUUUCGUUGGUCCAGGUCUGUUAGCACUUUGCUAAUAAAAUAAAUAGAAGUUGGCUUUAUUCAUAAAAGAAAAUCUUACUAAUAUUGGCAUAAUUUAACAAAGUAAUAAAACACCUUUACAGUAGAUAAGAUCGCAGUAAGCAGGACACUUGGAAUAUUUUAUCAAACUAAAGUAAUAUAGGAUCAGUAGAAAAAGCAAAAGAAAUGUCUUAGAAGACGGUGGUUAUAGUAUUUGGGCCCAGCUAUAUAUAAGGAGCUUAUCAUUUAGCCCGCUUCUGAUUUUUCUUUCAUGAGGAUUAUUAUCAGUGCCUUUUGAGCUGUGGUUCUGGAUUCUAGAACACCUUUUUCAGAAGACCUCUAAGAAUAUACAUUUUUGGAGAAUUCAUACAUCAUUAUUAAAACACUUUCCUCAAUUUACACAAUUAAUGUGACCUACCUGAUAGCCUUGAGGGAAUAGAACCCUGCAGGAUAAGUCCUGAGGCUAUUUGGUUUCCUGGAGACUAAGGAUUCUGAAACUUAAUAAUGGUAAUGACUUAUAUUUGAACACUGCUUUGCAUUUCUGCAUUGCUCUUUGCUAACAAAAACUUUCUUCAAUCAUGACACUGAACUGGUUUAGUCUCAUGUUUUAUCAUUAAUCCUAAUAUGAAUUGUGCAUUCUCAUUCCAUGUUUCAUUGUAAUAAAAUCUUCUCCUCCUUGA